AUGACUGUCACUGGCCCAAGCUCGCCCUUAACUACCCUGUGGCCCUGCUGCCCCGUUGCCCCAUCGCCCGCCAUCCUCAACCUACCUCCUCCUCCUCCUCCUCAUCCUCAUCAUCCUCUCCUCCUGCUCCUCUUCCCUAUCAUCAUCAUCAUCAUCAUCACAACAGCAACAACAAUCACCUACAUCCCCUCCGGAGACAGCACCGCAAACUGUCUUCGUCUUCCCCUUCAUCCGUUUCUUCAUCUCCAUCUUCAGCAUCCAUAUCGACAACUCACAAGCUACUCCGCCCUUCAUUUGUUUAUCCCCCAAGGCGUCGCAGGUAGACCAACAACCACCAGCUCCAACUCCAGCUCCCAGCUCUCCCCCCCCCCCAACCCUUCCUUCAUCAUGCGUGGGCUCAUCGCCUUGUCGCUAUUGCCGCUGCUGGCUUCAACGGCCCCAACCUUCAACACAGACACCAUCCAUGAUGGCGCGGCUCCGCUGCUCUCCUCGUCCAAUGCCGAGGCCGUCCCGGAUUCCUACAUCGUCGUCUUCAAGAAGCACGUCGACGCAGCCUCCGCUUCCCACCACCAGACCUGGGUGCAAGACGCCCAUCUCACCAAUGAGAAUGUCCGCACCGAGCUGAGAAAGCGGUCGGAGUCCACCACCGCCACGGACAUCUUCGCUGGCCUGAAACACACAUACAACAUCGCCGGCGGCUUCUUGGGCUACUCCGGCCAUUUCGAUGACGAGGUCAUCGAGAAGGUGCGAAGGCAUCCUGAUGUCGACUACAUCGAGAGAGACUCGGUCGUCCACGCCUUAGGUGAUGAAUCUGAUGACUCGGGGAAGCUCGAGAAGAACGCCCCAUGGGGUCUUGCUCGUAUCUCCCACAGAGAUAGCCUUGGCUUCAGCACCUUCAACAAGUACCUCUACGCCGCUGACGCAGGCGAGGGCGUCGAUGUCUACGUGAUCGACACCGGAACCAACGUUAACCACGUUGACUUCGAAGGCCGAGCACACUGGGGAAAGACUAUCCCUCUCAAUGAUCCCGAUGAGGAUGGAAACGGCCACGGCACUCACUGCUCUGGUACCGUCGGUGGCAAGAAGUAUGGUGUUGCCAAGAAGGCCAACAUCUACGCCGUUAAGGUUCUCAAGUCCAACGGUUCAGGAACCAUGGCCGACGUCGUGAAGGGUGUCGAGUGGGCAGCCAACGCUCACACCGCGAAGGUCAAGAAGGGAAAGAAGGGCUUCAAGGGAUCCGCUGCCAACAUGAGUCUUGGUGGAGGCAAGUCCCCAGCUCUUGAUCGUGCUGUCAACGGCGCUGUCGCCGCUGGUGUCCAUUUCGCCGUGGCCGCCGGAAAUGACAAUGCCGACUCCUGCAGCUACUCCCCAGCCGCUGCUGAGAAUGCCAUCACCGUCGGUGCCUCGGCUCUUGAUGACUCCCGCGCAUACUUCUCCAACUUCGGCCCAUGUAAUGACAUCUUCGCCCCUGGCUUGAACAUCCAAUCCACCUGGAUUGGCAGCAACACUGCCAUCAAUACCAUCUCCGGUACCUCGAUGGCCUCGCCCCAUAUUGCUGGUCUUUUGGCCUACUACCUGUCUCUCCAGCCCGCUUCUGAUUCUGCCUACGCCGUUGCGGAUAUCACCCCCAAGAAGCUCAAGGAUAACCUCAUCAGCAUUGCCACCGAGGGUGCCUUGUCUGAUGUUCCUUCCGACACCAAGAACAUCUUGGCGUGGAACGGCGGUGGAUCUUCCAACUACAGCUCCAUCAUCAAGGCCGGCGGAUACGCGGUAAAGAAUGUCAAGACGCCUGCCGCGAAGCUGCCAACCACCAUCGAGCUUAUGGAGGAGGCUAUCGAGAAGGACUUCAACAUGUUGUCAGGAGAGGUCGUCAAGGGCGCCGAGUCUGUGGCAUCCCACGCCGAGAAGCUCUCCAAGAAGAUCAAGCAGUUCGUGGAUGAGGAACUCGAGGAGUUCUUUGAGGAACUUGACAUGUGA